AUGGAUAGUAGUCCUCUUGUGGAUAUAGUGUUUAGUCAAAAUCAUAUUCUUCGUAAAAUUAUUGAUGUAUUGAAUCUCCAAGAUACAGCAAGUUUUGAAACAUCAUCUAAAUAUCUUUUAAUUGGCAUUGACAAUAUCAUAGAUAAAGAAUCAUGUUAUGCAUAUAUAAGAUCUUUAUUUUAUGGUAGAAGAUAUUUUGAAAAUAAUUUUGAAACAAUAUUUGAUGAUCCUGAUAAGAUAGAAAGAUUGAAAGAUAAACAUUUAUUAUCAAAUAUCAUUUAUGACAGAACCUCACCAUAUGAAUUUAUAAACUGUAAACGUAUUAUAGCUUGGAAAAUAGAUAAACCAUUAAACAAAAAUAUCUCAUUGUAUUAUGAACCAGAAGAAAUGGUUUUAAGUAUCAAUCAUAAUGAAUCACCUGAAAUUUAUUUUAAUAUUAUUAAAAGUUUACCAAAUUAUACAAUAAAGAGAGUAUUUUUUAAUUUAAAAAUUUCUGUUAGUCCAGCAAUUUUAGAUAACAUUGGAUCAAGUUUAUUUAAAAAUUUUUACUUAUUAAAAAACUUUUAUAUUGAUGUUGCUUCAGAAUGUCAUAGUUAUUUUUAUGAAUAUUUUUUAAAUUGCGUUGUCAUGAAAAAUGGAAUAAUUAAUUUUACAAUUAAUGGUACAUAUGACAAUAAUAAAAUUGAUAUAGCAAUAAAAAAUAUAUCAACGGCAAUGAAGAAAAAUGUCAAAGUUGGAAUUAAAAUUCAUGGUUUAAACAAUGAAAAAUGGAUUUUUCCUUGGUUAAAAUCAUUAACUGACAAUGAACUAAAAAAGAUAGUUAAAUUUGAAAUAUGUACAUAUUCAAUUCUUCAAUGUAUUAAUUAUCUUAAUUUUGUUACAAAAAUGAAUAAUAUUAAAUUUUUAACUGUCAGAUUUUGUGAUGGAAAAGAUAUAUACUAUGAAAUGUUAAAUAAAAAAUAUAUAAAAAAUAAAAAAAGAAAAAAAAAAUUAAUUUUUCCUUCAAUGAAACAUCUUACUAAAUUAAGAAGAUUUUCUUGGAUUAAAUUUUAUUUAAAUACCGUAUUUCCAGAUGAGGAUGAUUAUGAAUGUUUGAUUACUUCAUUUUGUUUUAACUUUCUAGAAGCUCUACCUAAAACAAUUACACAAUUAUAUCUUACUGGUUUAUUUUUUUUUGGAAAUGAAAGAACUAAAAGAAUUAAUGAGAUGUUCCCAAAUUUAAAAGCUUUUAUGUUAACAUGUGUUCAAUUUGCAGAGGAAGAUUGUCUCAAAAAUUUAAAUAAUUUAAAAUAUUUAAUGAUUAGAGGAUGUCCAGUAUUAAAAGUUCCAAAAACAGUUGAAGCUUGUGUAUCUAUGUUGUCUAGUCAAGAUUCUCCACAACACUAUCAUAGUCAAUGGGUAAAUAGUUUAAAAAGUUAUGAAAUGUAUACAAAACAUCAUAUUUAUUAUGAUGUUUUCAAAAAAGAUAUAUUUUUUUGCAAUUACAGACAUUGUUAUAAUCUUGUAAAUCUUCUUCAUUCCAUGGAGGAUCAAAUAUUUUAUAAUUAUUGUGUAUGA